AUGAUCUUAAACUUCUUUGAUCAAUUCUUAAGCCCCUCACUCCUAGGCCUGCCCCUAAUUGCCCUAGCAAUUAUUAUACCAGCAGUAAUUUUCCAAACCCCUUCAAACCGAUGACUUAAUAACCGCCUUAUCACCUUGCAAACAUGGUUUAUCAACCGAUUUACCCAUCAACUCCUACAACCUCUUAACCUUGGAGGGCACAAAUGAGCCAUUAUUCUCACAGCACUUAUACUCUUCUUGAUUACUAUUAAUCUUCUAGGACUUCUCCCUUACACAUUUACACCAACAACUCAGCUCUCAUUAAAUAUGGCUUUUGCCCUCCCACUAUGACUAACAACAGUUUUAAUUGGUAUAUUAAAUCAACCCACUAUUGCUCUAGGACACCUCCUCCCAGAAGGCACCCCCACCCCUUUAAUCCCAGUCCUUAUUAUUAUUGAAACUAUUAGCCUGUUUAUUCGACCCCUAGCCCUAGGAGUCCGACUCACAGCUAACCUCACAGCAGGUCAUUUAUUAAUACAAUUAAUUGCAACAGCAGCCUUUGUACUAAUCUCAACUAUACCUGCAGUAGCAAUCCUGACUUCUAUCGUACUAUUUUUACUUACCUUACUAGAAGUUGCCGUGGCCAUGAUUCAAGCCUAUGUAUUUGUACUACUACUAAGCCUAUAUUUACAAGAAAACGUUUAA